GCCUGUCUUAUCGGAAUCGGAAAAAUCUGUUUCCAGGAAAUCAAAAAUCAAAAUUGGGCUCUGAUUGGCCAAGAGGCCCGGAAGCCGGUGAACGGCGAUUUUGAAUUACCGAAAAAUCUGUAUCGCGGCGAAAGUCCCCAAGGACUUUUUUUGUCCGUGUCCAGAAAAUCUGUUUUGGAGUCUCAACGCAUGGAAGGCUUCGGCAACGCUCCACCUACUUGGCUGGCAACCACACAGCGCUAUAAUAGUUGCUCUCUCUCCGACUGUCGAGACACACACGAUCACAUACGGCGAGCACGCAUAGCAUGGCAGAUGACAUGCUGGAGACGGCCACGGCCGAAAAUUGCGCAACGGGAAGGAGCCAGCGCGUCGGCCUGCUUUCCGGAGCCCAGACGGGGGCGAGGCUGCUGCCGCCCGUACAAGGCGAGGCAGCUGCUGAGAAUGGCAGCAAGCGGAGCGUUGGUGUCGCGGACGUUGACCGCUUCAACGCGGGGUUAGCGCGAGCCGCUCAAUAUCGGUCGGAGGCUGGUUGUGAUCAUGAUUAUCAUGAGGCAGAUUCCGACAGCUCUCCUGUUGAUGUGGACGACCAACGGCAGCAGCAGGCAGUCGGUUUGUCUUGGGCUACCCGUAGCCUAAUGGGCGGGCGCGCUUUGUCUCAGGCCUUCACGGCUUGUGGGAGCGAUCGACAACCUACGUGGCAGCACCCUUCUGCGGUCGGCGAAGAAGGUGGCAACACCGAGGAGGAUCGAAAAGUGGAGGAUCCUAUGCUUGUAGAAGUGGGUGGAGAGGAUGGCGAUGGGUGUUCUCCAGACGCGGGUGGACAGCAUGAUGGCGUGCUGGAUGCACUUUCAGGGCAGGUGACGGCUGGCUCCAUGUCUCCUCCCCCUCCGCCUUCUCUACUCCAAGGGCGAGGGGCUAUACCCCCGCCUCCGCUGUCUACUACGGUGGCGGCGGCACCCGUGUACCCACCCCCAGAUCCGCUGUCAUCGUCCUCUACGCCUGGUUCUAGGUAAUCCUCACUUGGAGGGCACAGCGGUGGAACCCCGGCAAGUACAUCACCACCUGUUCCGUCGGCUGCGCGUCGGCAGCGCCAUCGGCUGCGACGAUCAGGCCGACGGCUUCCACCACGCCUGGCGCAGCCCCGCCUCGAGGGCCCAGUAGUGGGAACGAGCAACGUGCAUCCCCAACUCGUGAUACAACAGCGACCGCGGGAAAGGAGGUUCGUACAGAGCCACCUUUGUUCGACUGCUGGCCCCUCCCUAGUUUGAGGCAGGAGGCCACGCGGGAGGCUGGCCGGAGGAAUGCGUUGAAGUUUGGUCCACUGCCUGAACAAGAGCUUCGACAAAUUUCGAAUGCAAGCAAACAGG